UAGCAACGGGUCGGUUCUGACAGUACAGGGCAUCAUGGCCCUAAGCACAUUUCCCUGCUUCUUGUCUCUCCCGUUUGAGAUUCGGCGAGAAAUCUACUGGCUCGCCACCCUGCCGCGUAUCGUAAACAUUGAGGAAAAGACGGUGAUCGAGUUUGACGAGUUCCGGGAGAUUCUCCGCACACAUCCGGUCCAGCUUCAGAUCCACCCUAAUAUCAAGUUCUUCAGCACCAACUGGGCUGCUGAGAUCCGACAGCGUCUAAGAGACGGACAUAGCCUCCGCCAAUCGACCCUAGAGGAGCACGGCUUCACCGGUAGCAAACCGAUUCCACAACCUUGGGCUCCGUCCGCUCGGUAUCCAGACAUACCCCUCGCAUGGCUCGCCAACGAUCCAAAGGUCGCGUGGGAGAUCGUGAGGGAGGGCUACUUAUACAGCAAGGCCCAGAUACCACCUCUACUGCACACCUGCGCCGAGUCUCGCGGCGUGCUCAUAAGGGGCGGCUACCGCCUGGCCUUUGCAACGCGGACAGCCGGACCACGAACGUGGUUUCACUUUGACAGGGAUACUCUCUUCCUCUCACAGGCCGCCUACGAGGAAGAGGACCGUCCCGAGUUGCUGAGCGGAGGCCCGUGGGACGUGGGCCAGUUCACGGCGGCGGAUCUGCGACGGAGCGGUGCCAUGGCAGAGCGUGCCGGCGACCGCAUCGGUGGCCGUCUCUUUUUUGCUGAGGCUGUUGGGAUCCAUAGAAGAGCUUUGGUUUGUGGAGUGGACGCGGCGUGA